UUUCCAACGAGCUGGCGGGGGCUAAAGAUGGCGACGCCCCUCGGGUGGUCGCAGGGGGGGUCAGGAUCGGUGUGUCUCGCCUUCGAUCAACUGCGGGACGUGAUUGAGUCUCAGGAGGAACUGAUCCACCAGCUGAGAAACGUGAUGGUUCUCCAGGACGAAAAUUUUGUCAGUAAAGAAGAGUUCCAGGCAGUGGAAAAAAAGCUGGUGGAAGAGAAAGCUGCCCAUGCCAAGACCAAGGUCCUCCUGGCCAAGGAAGAGGAGAAGCUGCAGUUUGCCCUCGGAGAGGUAGAGGUGCUGUCCAAACAGCUGGAGAAAGAGAAGCUGGCCUUUGAAAAGGCGCUCUCCAGUGUCAAGAGCAGAGCCCUGCAGGAGUCCAGCAAGAAGGACCAGCUCAUCACCAAGUGCAAUGAAAUUGAGUCUCACAUUAUAAAGCAAGAAGAUAUACUUAAUGGCAAAGAGAAUGAGAUUAAGGAGUUGCAGCAAGUUAUCAGCCAGCAGAAAGAGAUCUUCAGGAAUCACAUGUCUGACUUCCGGAUCCAGAAGCAGCAGGAGAACUACAUGGCCCAGGUGCUGGACCAGAAGCAUAAGAGAGCCUCAGGGACGCGUCAGGCCCGGAGCCACCAGCGUCCCAGGGAAAAAUAAAAUGGUUGUCGCCUUCCCGUUAUCUGGCUGUAAUGCCCAACCUCUGCCUUCUCUGCUGUGGGGGUCCCCGUCCUGACCCUUCCUGUCCCUGUGGGUUCCUCCCUCAGGCCUCACAGCGCCCGGGACCCCAGAAGAGAGGCAGGGUAAGAGGCAAAAGGCACUCUCCUUCCUACCCGCCUGCCUUUUGGGCCACCAACCCACCAGGCCGCUCCCGGACUCAAAAGUCUGAGGAUGCUCCCCAGGUCUCUGGCCCCGCUACUGCCCGCCCUCCCUCGGUCACCGUCGGGGGCUGUGGGGGUCCGGGGCUGUGGUCAGGGAGGGAUUACUCGGUUGUCUAGUAGGCACUGUCCCUUCUUACUCUUGGUAUGAAAUUACUCCUUGUAUAAACAGCCCUGUUACCCUAGUGCCCUGGUAAAUUUAACUCUCCCAA